AUGCAAUGUAUGCUCUCAAAAUAUUUUAUUGGCAGUUUGCUAAAAUUUUUGACUCACAUCUCUUACUUUUUAUUUUACUAAACUUUCGCGUUAAUUUUCUGUUCGUAUUCAUUUUUUCGAAUCCGAAUUAAAAUCUUAUAAUUUUAUCUUUACUCACUAGUAGAAGACACCAAACUAGAGCGAUCAAUCGAUGAAAAAGUCUAAACUUGUCUAAGUAAUUGUUCCCGGCUUACUGGAACCACUAUUAGAUCUUCCAAUAACAUUUUCUUUUGUUUACGUUGAAUCCUUGAAAGUAUAUUCUAUCAACUAUCGGCAGACGGUGCAGUUUUCAACAAAAACCUAAAAACGAAGAAGCAUUAUUGCAAGUACACAUUUGGUAACUUUUUAGUUAAUAUCUCGGUAUGUUCCUCUCAGGUUUUAACAAAAUCUUCUUCAAAAGUGUCAUUUUCAGGAAGCAGCACCAGGCAGGCAUCAUGAAAACCAGCAGCAUCUCGGUUGAGGUAGGAUUUUAAUUUUCUCAUAUCCGUAAUAUAUUCCGUGUUUUAAUCUGUUUUUUUAUUUGUUUUGUUUAUUUGGCAGCAGAGCAACACGUAGAAAAUUAUAAGCCAAAGUAUGGUUCGACGAAAACCCAAGUUUUACGUUACCGUGAACCGAAUUAUUAGCUCGUGCUCAAAAUGGUGUUCAGAGCUUUCUUGAAUUUAUAAAUAUAUUGGGGUGACCAAACUAAAAUAGGCGUGCGAAUUAAUCAAAAAAUCAUCGAACCCGUUGUCGAUGAUUUUUAUUUUGUUCUGGUUCAAAAUGACGCGCGCGUUGCUUCCCAUAUUUUUAAGAUUUUUAAUCGCGUAUUAAAACUUUGAGAACCGACAAAGAAAUUUCGCGAAACCUGCUUGAAGUUCCUCCGAUCAGAAUUAGUGGCCAAUUUUGACUAGCUGCAGUUUCUUGUGUAUUAAGGGACAGGGUAGCACCAUGUCACAAAAAGAUUGCUUGCUGGAGCCCGGCGACCAGUUGCAAUUCAGAACCUGUCAUCAAUCGAUGAGGAGCGCUUUUGGGAUACGUGCUCGGAGGACCCUACCGGAAAGCCAGGGCAUGUACCAGAUUCGACGUUGGGCGUCGUAAUGAGCUCGACGCCGCUGGCUAGUCCGUGUCGUGGAAUUAUCUUUGAUGAAUUUUUAUGCAAAACCACUCUCAUAUCUCUCGUGGAAGAAACGGAAGUACGGCACACGAGGAACCGGAAAUUAAAAUAAUCCGGAACGCACUCGAUUCGAGAGAAUCCUGCUUGGCAAUUUGGUAAAGGAUUGAGCGAAAAUACGAUUGAUGGUUGGAAAUUAGCUGCGAAAUCAAACAACUAGAACCGUACCAACAAAGUCGCUUGCUGCUGCCAAUGGUGCUCUUCAAGUCUACACACGCAGAGAAUCGAGAUGUAUUCCCUAAUCGAAAAGGGUCAUCAUGUAGAUUUUAAGAUGGGCUGGAGGUCCCUGGCAGUUCGAGACAGUAACGUAGAUCUUACGAGAGAGAUCUGGAAAACCGACUCAAAUAAAACUCUCCGGCUGGUACAUUGGAGAGCCCGAAGGUGGAAAAAUCCUUUACACCCAGCAAUAUUACUAGUCUCUGAUACCUUCCAUGGACCCACCAGAUGUAUCGGAAAUAACCGAUCGCAAAGAGCUUGGAAGGUGGUCCCCAAUUUUAAACUCUUAGAUUUAUCGAUGGUGCGCCAUAAAUCCUAAAAUUUUCACUUCGUGUGGCUUUGUUGAAGGGAACUUAACACAGUAAGUUAGCGUAUUACUGAGUGGCUGAACCUCGACAUCAUGACAGCAAGGUAAUAAAACGGAAUGGAAACGGAAAGUAUUGUCAGUGAACCGCUCCCCAUUGCCAAAGGAUUUCCAUCGGAAAGAUCAACUUCAAUGACCAUUAUCCCAUUCCAUGGAAAAACUGGAUACCAACAACAGCAUCAACAGCCUAGAGUGGUACAGCUUGAAACGCUGGAAGCAAAGAUGGCCAGCAUAGAAGUAUCUUUAAGUAGUGCAACACCACGGCGCCGUAAAGGUUCGUCAUUGGGAGGAGGUUCAUUAUCAGCUAGAUCAUCUCCCCGUUUGGAUACUGGCAAAGAACUUCGUACUGCUCUACAAGAUCGAGAAGCGGUUAUUCAGAACUUACGAUUACAGCUCGGUUUAGGUAAGCUGCCUCGUCCCACCGGGCCUGCUUUUGAUGAAAAAGAAAGACCAGCUGCAGAACUUAGGCUUGCAAAAUUACUAAAGGAUGUAGAAAGCAAAAAGGAAAUAAUUAAAGCCCUAAAAAAUACAUUAGAAAAAUUGGAUAUAACAGACAACAUCGAUAUUCGUAUAAAACAGGCGGAAUUGGAGUACGAACUUGGGCGAGAAGAACUACAAUUGUUAUCGCUCGUAGAAGAAUCUCGUGCGUUGCAAGCGAGAUUAGAUAAAUCUAAGCCGGAUACAAGUUCACUCUAUGCUAUAAUGGAAUCAGGAGUAAAUUUGGGUUUACAUGCGACCUUAGCCACGCCGGGUCGCUUCAACGUAUGUAUGAAAAGUGAUGUUCCUGGUUUUUGGAUUGAUUGGGCUAUCGAAGGAGAAGGUUUACAUCGUGGUGAUCGGUUAGUUGAAAUCAAUGGUAAAUUCGUUCAGGGAAGGUCUCGCGAAGAGCUUCAAAAGCUGAUGAGUUUAACUGGAAAGUGUGAAAUCGUUGUUGUUAGAAAAAAAACUUUGCCCUUUUCUCAACAACAGUUGAAACAAACACAAGCAGAUAAUGUGAGGUUGCAACAUCGUAUAUUGUACUUGGAGGAGCAAGUUAAAGAACUUCAAAUAAGUCGAGAAAACAAUGUGGAUAGCGGAAGCCCUCAAACCAGUGUUAUAAACGGAAAUGGAGGGGCACACGUUACUUCUAUAAGCAUAACGUCGCCACCUUCAACUCCCCCAGAAAGCAAAGCAAUUUUACAAGACCGAAAAACGCUAGUGUCGUCUGCUUUUGUUGAUGAAAACCAUAUCAAUAAAAAAAUCGAAAUUCAAAACCCAAAGAAAAGUGGUCAUGUUACUACGACAACGAUUAUUAAAGAAUGCGACAAAAUCAAUGGAGAUCUUACCAGUGGAAAUGUGUUCAGACAUAACCUGAAAAACUCUUUGUCGUCUUCUAAAAUAUCCGUUGGAAGUGAUAUGAGUAAAAGUACUGUUCAAUACUACCAAAAAAGAGAACGCGAUAAACGGGAACGCGAAGCGAGGCGUUUAGAAAGAGAGCGGUACAUUCAGCUGUACGGUUCCAAGCUGCAAUCCAGUAAUAGUAAUCUGAAUAGCGAAACUGAUAGAAGAUAUUUUCACUAUCACAAGAGCAAUUCUCGAAGUGUGGAACAUCUGAACGGAUCUUCCGAUAAAUGGAAACUAUCUUUAGCUAACAACAGUUCCAAAGCAUGUCGUGAUAUUAGAAGUGUUAAAAGCUUAGACUUUGAAAGUGAUAAUAAUGAACAAUACGCAUCAGAACCCGCAGUACCACUGAAAACAAGACCUGCUCCACCAAAGAAACCACUAAGAUUAUCAUUGCAAAGAGCCCAAAGCCUACAAACCGUUGAAGGGAUUUUACUGGAUGUAACCAGUGAUAAGAAAAGAGCAGUUAAACGAGCCCACCGUAGCGGAAAAAACUCUGAUAUUAGUUCUCAGUAUAUUGAAAAUCAUACUCCUUUACAGACUGCGUCGCUUGGCCGACAAAAGUAUAUUUAAUUUUUUAGUUAGCUUGCCAUUUGUAGCAUAGUUUUACGUACUGAAUGAAAUCAAUUUUCAGACAAGUAAGAACAAUUGAGGCGUCACGAUUAGAAGAUAUUUUCAGUGUUCAAAAAGUAAAAUUGAUUGUAAUUUUAUUAAUAGGUAUUAUCAAUAAAAAUCAAAUUAUAUCGGUGUGUGAACUUA